UGGAAAUUGGCCCAGUGAAAGGAAAUAGCCCAACAUCUGAAGCCCAAACCCUACCCCUUUCUUCUUCAACACAUCAGCGGUUCCCCCUCAUCUCAAACUCUCUCCCCCCUUUUCACCAGAAAUCUGCCCGCUCCCUCUCGAAUCUGCCAUCGUGGCUCCUCCUCCGUUGAAGAGCCGACGAUCGGCCCUCUCCCUCGCCCCAUCUUCUUCUCCCUCGUUUCCCUACCUACAGAAGUCAGCGGCCGCAGCAGCUGGAACCAGCCACCACCGCCUGACCUAGCCUCCUUGAAACUACCGGCGACAGCAGCUAAGCCACCGUCACCGGCACCCUCCACUCUCUCUCCUCUCCUUCUACUCUUGGCAACGACAAGCCACCGCUGCCUCCCUCAAGUUCUCCGGCAACCAGAGCGAACCAGUCGCUGCCAUCAUCUCAGUCUUCCCUCGACUCACACCCACGCCCUUGGCCGGACAGCAGCGGCGAGUCGCCGCCGUGCCCUGCCUCCCUCCGUCUCUCGACUCUUACAGCGAACAACACAUCAAAACUACUCGACACAGCCAGGAACUAUUGCAGAGUGAAUGGCGGAGGUGGGAGAAGACGUCAUGCCGAAGGAUGCAAAGAUUGUGAAGGAGUUAUUGAAAUCAAUGGGUGUUGAUGACUACGAGCCUCGAGUCGUAAACCAGUUUUUAGAGCUCUGGUAUCGAUACGUAGUUGAUGUUCUCACUGAUUCUCACGUGUAUGCAGACCAUGCUGGGAAGUCUAUCAUCGACUCUGAUGAUGUUAAGCUUGCAAUUCAGUCCAAAGUGAAUUUUAGUUUCUCGCAGCCUCCACCUCGAGAGGUGCUACUGGAAUUGGCUCGGAGCAGAAAUAAGGUCCCCUUGCCGAAAUCAAUAGCCGGUCUGGGGAUUCCUCUGCCUCCAGAGCAGGACACAUUGAUCAACCCAAAUUAUCAGCUUGCUAUUCCCAAGAGACACAACACGCAACUGCCUGAAGAAACGGAAGAGGAUGAAGAGGCGGCCAAUGGCAAUUCGAACCAUGAUCAAGACCGGAGAAAUUUGUCUCAAGGAGCUCAGCGUGUUUCAUUUCCCCUCGGCUCCAAACAGUCUAGAUAAGUCUGUUUUCAUUGUAAUGUUACAAAUGAUCUAUGUAUCAAGUAGUUUGUGUUUUUUGCUUGUAAUGUUACAAAUUUGUGUCAGGGCGUGUUUCUGUUUUGUUGCUUGUAUAAUGCGCUUAGUUAUAGUGAUUGUCGGAAAUGUGGCUCACACUUGAAUGUUGAAGUUUGUGGAUGGCGUGCUACAUUUUCUGAAGAAAACCUCUUCCUUACUCAUUGC